CCUCAGCAUUCCAACUGCACCGGUCGCUGGCAACUCGCUGGAUUUUGUCUGAUAUGCCAGGAAAUCUGAGAGGGUUUAAAAGAGUACAUCUCUUCGCCCAACUCAGUGAUCAAGCACCCCCCCACCAGCAUCCGUUUUCCCCGAACAAAACAGUAGCCGGCCACUACUCUAGACCGCAGUAUCAUAAAUCUCUAUCAGCCCUUCAACCAACAAUGUUCCAGACCAAAGCUUGGAUCCUGAGAGCCUUAUACGUCGCCUGUGGGAUCAAUCUUGUUGUCCAGCUUUCAGAGGCUCGACACAGCCUUGUGCCGAGGGGUACGAUCGCCAUGACUCCUUGCUAUUCGGGCCUCAACCCAGAUUAUGUGCGGGGCGGUGAUUGGCUGGAAUGUCAACCCUUCCCCGGGCAGCCUAGUGUGUCUUGUCAUUCGAGGGCCUGCAACGCGGGCGAUAGUACUGAAAGUACCUCUUCCUUUAGCUCAAUGACCUGGGAGGACUGCGAACGAAUUGUGACGUCCCAAGUCACCGGGCAGAAGGGCUUAAGAGUUACUAAAACAUCCAACUUUAAUGUCAACUAUAGCGAUGGACCAGAAGCCCACAUAUUGGUCCGUGGCUUUGACGAAACCGCUCCUGGCGAGAACACAUACAAAUGUAAUAUCGAUAAGAACAGCCGCAGGCCUUUCUGUCAUGCCUGCGAAACACGUUAAAAAUCUGAUUGGACCAUCACCAAGCACAGAUGAAGUUGCAUGCAACCUAUCAACAAGUUGUUGCCAGCCAUCAUGCUCAAUAGCGGUAUGGACCAGCGCUCGUAAAGUUCUCUCUGGCCAUUCCCCAUUUUUCCCUCAUGAGUAGCGCUUUUUUUUUUUUUAUCCUUUUGUUUCACCGUGUAUCAUCAGGCGGUGAUUGCUCCCAAGUCUUCUUGUUCCAUUUGACACUAGAUAGAUUGUUCAAUCACCAGUACAGGAUUGUGUUUUUCUUCAUGAGAAUCUUGCUCACUGGAUUCCUCUGACUCGAAAUGUAUACAAGGCGCUCCCUUAAGGCAAGGCCCCCGAAAGACAAUU